AAAUAUAAUGGAAAUAUUCAUCCGGACGAAUGGAUAAAUGAUAUUCAAGCUUAUUUUAGUAUAAAACAAAAUGGUUUUAUUAAUUUUGCUAUAAUAUCCUUAGUAGAUUCCACUAUUAAACUUCCAACUGGAAUUAAUAAUAUUGAAAAACUUCGUAAUGCACUUAAAGAAGAUAUUUCCUUUACAAUUUUUAAGAACACGAAUAAAAGAAAGUUACAAUCAUUAAAAUAUAAUCCUGAAAGAAAGGGUGGUGAUACAUCAAAUUUUAUUUUAACCUUUCGUAAAUUAUGUUAUAACGCCGAGAUUAAUGAUGUAGAAGAACAAAAGAAAUAUCUAUAUAAAUCGCUCCCGAAUGACUAUUUUGAUUAUGUUUCAAACGAAUUUUUUGAGAAAAUGAAGAAUUUAAAUUCAAUUGAUGAGCUAAUUAAAAGAUUUGAAGAACUUGUUUUAGAAGAAUCAAAUUUAAUUAGAAAGGGAUCUAUUGUAGCUUUAAAACAUGUUGCAACAGGGAAAUAUUUAAGUUCUAUUAAAAAUUUAUGUUAUACAACUGGAAGCAAGUUUCAAUCUUUUUUAGUUUUUGCGGGAAGCCCAGAGCCUGUUCCAAAUUCUUUAUGGAAAGCAAUAUUCGAUGAUGAAUUAGCCACUUAUACAGAUAAUUCUAUGAUGCUACAACAUGUUAAAUCUGAGAGAUUUCUGGGAAUAUAUUGUGUUUAUAAUAGCUAUGGAUAUGAUUAUUGCAAAUCUCCGUUAAAUAAUUAUACAGAAGUGGGCUGUCGUGGCAACGAAGGUUAUUUUACUAGAAAUUGGAAAUUUAAUCAUAGUAAAUUAAAAAAUCAUCAAGGAUAUUUAAAAUCAAAUGAUACUAUUAAUCUUAGUAUUUAUCGUACUCAAGAUGGUCGAGUUGAAUUUUUACGUAGCCAUGAUAUUCAAUUUACUAUUGGAAACGAUUCUUUUCAAGAAGUUGCUUGUCAUAAUGAAAGAUUAGGAGGGAAUGAUGAAUGGUGCAUUGAACUAAUUCGUUUCUAAGCAACGUUUCCGAUACAUAUUUUGCCUUUAAGUUGUUCAAAUGAAUAAUAUAUAUCUUUAAAAGGCAAUUUUCACAAAUAUGAAAGUACGUUAAGAUCGAAAAUUUAAUGUUUAAUUAUGACAAAAUUUUAAGAUAACAUUAUCUGCGAUACAUGGUUCACUAUUAAUAUACAAGUUUACGUUUACUUAUGAAAUUAUAGUCAAUUAUAAUUACUUAUAGUAGACUACGCAUCAAUUAUUGAUAUUCACAUUAUUAUUUCUCUAGGCUAAAGUUGAGAAUAUUAUUUCUGACUUUUUUAUGUAUUUUACAUAUAUAGCGUAGCGCUCUUAUAUUGCAUUUAAACAAUAUUUAUUAUAUAUAAUAAAAUAUCAUAUUACACGUUAUAUAUCAUUC